GUCCCGUUGCAGGGACCAAACGUGCACAUAAGUCGUGGUGGGAACCUUCCGGGAACAGCAUCCUCACACUCUCCUCAUAAAACAAACCCAAAGGGCAGGAACGACAAACUCAAAAACACAAACAACACCAUCAUGUCCCCGAAAAUUGAAUCUCCACGUGUGUCUGCUGCUGCUGAUGCGUCGCAGGGUAGACGAGACGACUUCCACUUCGAAGAAGAGGAAUAUUGGUUUGACGGUGAUUACGACUACGACGACUAUGCCGAAUAUGAUGAUUUCCAAGCAUGCCAAAGAGGCGGAGGCGGUGGAUCCAAAGUGAGCCAAAAGAAUGCGAAGCGCCAGACCCAAAGAGGAGGAGGCGGAGGCGCCGGGACCAUAUAUUCCUCUAAACAUAUCCGCGCCAAGGAGAAUCUGCGGACCACAGCGCCGAAACGAAAUAAAUGAGCGCUCGCAGGAAAACGGGUGAUGGGGUGCGUCAGGGAAAUUUCAUUUCGAACAUCUGACCUCCAAGAUGGUUUUAAAGGUUUUAAAGGCAGCCCCGUGUAGCUGAACGCGGACGCGCAUUGCUGACCCGAGAAAACCUCGAUCGACGAGGUCCGGUCCCAAGACGCCACCACACCACCGAAAAGAGCACCAAUGGCAACAACAACACAUGGUCUACGCCAUCCUGUAAACCGAGAUGGUCUAUACCAUCCUUUAGUAACUACAUUAUACAUGAUGGUCUAUACCAUCCUUUAGUAACUACAUGAUA